AUGGGAAGUAUAUGGCGCUUCCCUUUCCUGGCGAUGAGAAAUGGCGGAGGUGCCUUUUUGAUCCCGUACAUUAUAUUUGCCAUUGUCAUCGGCAUCCCGGUGGUCUUCAUGGAGACGGCGUUUGGCCAAUAUUUCAGACUCAGUCCACUUCUAAUAUUUGACGUGUGCCCUUUGUUUAAAGGUUUAGGGUACUCAAUCACGAUACUGGCGUUUGUGGGAUAUCUGUACGGAAUGGUGAUCCUCGCUUGGGUGCUUUACUUUCUGGCUAUGUCCUUCGCUCCUGUUCUGCCGUGGUCUACAUGCCAUAAUCCCUGGAACACAAACUCCUGUGUCCCUCUGUUCCCUGACCUGUCUGGAAACGUCACCACCACCAUUGCGAACACAGCAAAUCUCAGUGGUCAUCUAGCUACGGAAGAGUUCUGGAGGUUCAACGUCCUUGAAGUUUCUGAUGGCAUAGACAACCCGGGCUCUCUACGAUGGCAGCUGGUAAUAGCCAUGUUCGUGGCCUUCGUUUUGGUGUACGUCUGUAUCUUCAAAGGAAUCGAAUCCUCAAGAAUAGCUGUGUACUUGACGGCCACGGCGCCGGCUGUACUCCUCAUCGUACUGCUCGCCUGGCUCCUAACCCGCGAGGGCUCAGUGGACGGACUGAUGUACUACCUCACGCCCCGCUGGGAAAAAGUAGCUAAUUACCAGACAUGGCUGGAGGCUUUCUUCCAAGUGUUCUAUUCCCUGGGAUCGGGCUGGGGCGGUCUGAUCAACCUUUCCAGUUAUAACCCCUUCCAUCAUAACUGUUUCAGAGAUUCAGUCAUUGUUGCUGUCACGGACACAGUUACGGCUAUAUUCUGUGGCGCAGUCGUGUUUGCGGGUGUCGGCUGUAUCGCACAUCAGUCGGGAUCUCACGUGGCUGAGGUCAUCACUACAGGUCCUGGAUUAUCGUUCGUGACCUACCCUCAAGUGAUCGCCUCCAUGCCUGUGCCACAUUUAUGGGCAGUCUUAUUUUUCCUCCUCAUUCUGUUUCUUGGCCUGGACAGCCAGGGUGGCAUUUAUAUUUUUCAAAUCGUGGAUUGGUACGCGUCUUUCUUCACCAUUUUGUUGAUAGCUGCCUGUGAGAGCGUGGUCAUCACAUGGAUCUAUGGUGCGGACCGGUUUCUGUCCAACAUCAAGGAAAUGGGAUCCUUCGCUCCGGAAUGGUUUCUUAGGUUUAUGAAAUUCUCCUGGAUGGUUCUGGUGCCCUUGUCAAUGAUGACAGCGCUGACGUUCGCCAUGGCAACGUUUCGUUCGCCAAAGUACGGAGAUUAUGUAUAUCCCGAUUGGACAAACGUGUUUGGUUGGAUUCUGGCCAUUAGUAGCUCCCUGCCCAUCCCUGGCUUUAUGAUCUAUGCACUAGCCAAGGAAAGAGGAACGCUGCGUCAGCGGUUAAAAUCCUCGAUUAAACCUGCUAUCGGCAAAGGCGGUGUACGGAUACCUGUGAGAGACGGUCCUGAGGUGGAGAUGAUGAUGAAGAGUCCAAGUAUUUAA